AUGUUGACGUGUAUUACGUGCUCAAAGCAAAGAAACGAAGAAGGAGAAGAUGAAGGCUCGCGUGGGACUCCCGCCGUCAAAAGCCUGACUACACAGAUCAAGGAUAUGGCAUUGAAGGUUUCAGGAGCUUUACAAUGCAAGCCUGGGACUGGAGAUGGCAGUUACAAGAAAGCACAUAGAUCAUAUCCUGAAUUCGACACUAUUUCUGAGGGUGUUCCAUACCCUCUUGUGCAGCCAGGAAGUUCAAGUUCUACUCCAGCUUGGGACUUUACGAGCAUUGGACAUCGUGCUGCUCGACCGGACUCGAGACCUGGUCAGCUAGAACCUAUUUCGGCCAAGUCUGGUUUAUUGCUGGUACAAGAUGAAGAUGAACCAAAAGAGUGGAUGGCACAGGUGGAGCCUGGUGUUCAAAUUACUUUUGCGUCUCUCCCUCGUGGUGGGAACGACCUUAAACGGAUACGCUUUAGCCGGGAGAUGUUCAAUAAAUGGCAAGCUCAGAGAUGGUGGGGUGAGAAUUAUGAUAGAAUAAUGGAGCUCUACAAUGUUCAGAGAUUUAACCAGCAAGCUCUCAACACUCCCGGAAGAUCUGAGGACGGAAGAGAUUCUACUUACUCAAAGCUCGGUUCUGCCAUGGAAAGUCCUCGGAUGACUCCAUCAUUCAACAGAGAAUGGACUCCAACUCCAAGGUACAAACCUCCUGACCAUCUUCAAGUUGCGGCUAAUCAACAUUACAAUCCUGGAUCGAGUGCUUACACGGCUGGUGGCCCAAAGGGUGAAAUGUCGUCUAUGGAUGCAUCAAGAACAACUACUUCCUCCCGAGACGAGGCUUCAGUUUCUAUAAGCAAUGCAAGUGACAUUGAAUCAGAAUGGAUAGAACAGGAUGAACCUGGGGUAUUUAUUACCAUUAGACAACUGGCUGAUGGAUCUAGGGAGCUCCGGCGUGUCAGAUUUAGCCGUGAAAGAUUUGGCGAAGUGCAUGCGAAGCUCUGGUGGGAAACUAACCGGGAGAGAAUACAAACUCAAUACCUCUGA